GCCAGAUUUAAGCAUUAUGUAGUGCGUAGUGGUGACCGUAGUUCCACAGAUUAUGUGUGUAAUGGCGUUAUAAAACCUGGAAAGUUGACUCUACGUUACAACACGUCAGUGUGUCUGUUUCAUGGCGGAUUCUGCAACGUGUCUCUCGGUGUAAAGUCAUUUGAAGCUCGCGACACCGGCAGCUGUCCUUCUAUCUCAGUUUCUGAGGCCAGCUUUGUGUUUUAGCAGUGAAUAGAAGAUGAGCAGCCCAGGAGUGAGCGGUGGGUCGAGCAAACCAUCUGAGAUCUUUAAAGAACUGUGGACACAGCUUGGACAGUGUCACCAGGAUGCACUUGAAGAGCUGGAAGAAAAAGUGAGCAAAUUGAAAAAGGAGCGUUGUUUAGAUGCUCAGAGGCUUGAGGUGUUUUACAGUCGUAACCGACAGCUGAAGGAGCAGAACAAGAACCUGCAGGAAGCCGUCGGCCUCUUGGAGGAAAGGCUCCGAGCAGGAGAGUGUGAUCGAUGUGCUAUUUUAGAGGAGGAGCUGAAAACCAACCAGGCGCAGAAUCUGCGCCUCAUCGCCAAGCUGAAGAAUGAAAGAAACAGCCUUGAAGAGGAAAACAGAAAAACCCAAGCUGAACUGCAGAAAUUAAAGAUGUCCUGCUCAGAGCCACAGCAAUCCUCGGAACAAGAAGAAGGCAUCAUCCCAGACUCUCCAGUCCUGCCGAGUUCGCUGCCCGCCGUUAACCGGCUAAAGAAAUGUAAAAAUAUGGACAAAAGCAGACGCGUUCGCUAUGCAGAACAGCCUUUACCACACUGUAACAACUCGCUCUUCAGAGAGACAAACAAGGAGCCUGUUGAUGCCUCAAAUCAUCCUAGAAGAGCAGAAGUGCUUGUGCCCGACACAUGUGACCUGGAAUUUUCCCAGAUGUCAAAUGAGAAUAAUGAAAGGGAGGACGUGGUCGCAGAAACGUGUGCCCUUGAACUUUUUGACAAGCAUCACAUGAAACCUGGAAUGACUUCAGAGCAACAACAGAGCCGUUCAAGCACUUCAUGGAAGAAUGACAUUCAUUCAAAUCCAGACUCGACCACAGUGAGGUCCCCGUCCCUGCUCCCCACAGUCAAGAGGUUUUCACAAGAUGGCUCCAUUCACAAAGCAAAAAGGAAGAAGGAGGAAAGUGAGCAAGAGGACCACAGACAUAGGACUAAGGAAAGGGUGAACGCACAGAGGGAAGGCAAACACGUACGACCUAAAUCGAUCAUACGCGUCUCCACACCUUUAAGCAAUCAAAGCUUUGUGAAGCAGCCACUGGACAGCAAGGUAUGGUCGUCACAGAACGGACCCUAUGUUUCCUGUGCAAGUCCUGUUUUCAAGAAGCCAGACGGUAAAGGAAAAGGUGACAGCGUCGGGAGGAAAAGAAACCCCCUGCAGGACGUCGGCAUGUCACAUGACCAGCAUGAAGCAGAGAAUACUGAGAGGAGGCCCAAAGUGGAGCCCAAAGUGGAGCCCAAAGUGGAGCCCAAAGUGGAGCCCACAUGGAGCAUUGACCCAGCGCUCGCCAUGUCCAUGUACGACAGCGAGUGGAGAGGAGACGAGCAAACAAUGCAUCAUGGAGAAAUGGUGGACACCGACUGCACUUGGGUCAGUCACAGCAUGCUCCAGGCCCAGGGAGAUAAUGGCCAGGACAGAGAGGACAGUGUUUGUGGACUUGGCGAGAAGGCAAAUGACAGCUUGGAUAUGAUGUUUGACACCACGGGUUAUGGGGAGUACAAGUCUUACAACUGUUCACACUCGGGCCAAAGCCAAACCCGUGCUGCUGCUGCUGCUGCUGAUGAUGGGGAGCAGCAGGAGGAGGAGGACGACGAAGAAGAAGACGAGGACAACAGUGAACAAGAAUCUCCUGGAAACACUCCAGGUCAAAGACGAGCACGACACCCGACAUUUGCACACGUGGCAGUCGUUCGAAAAAAAGACGAGAGAAGAAAACUCAAGGGCACGACCUGCAAGGAGUGUGAAAUUUAUUACGCUCAUCUCCCAGAGGAGGAGAAGCAGCAGAAGCUGUCUUCCUGCUCGAGGCACCGUUUCCUUUACAUCCCUCCGUCUACUCCUGAAAACUUCUGGGAAGUCGGAUUCCCGUCGACACAGACAUGCAUCGAAAGGGGUUAUGUCAGAGAAGAGAAGAGUCCUCAGGCACGUUUACGGAGACGACAACCGUUAAACGCUUUGUUCUCCCCAAAGCAGGAGAGUCACCACUUGUAGCAAGUAAAAUAAAAGAGGAAACAUGUGGCACUGAGGAGUAAAGCUAAGUGUUGUUUCGGUAUAUUGUCUGAAUGUGUAGACUGAUGAUUAUAUAAAUAAAAGUUGUUGAUGUUUGUAA